AAAAUUUACCCCCAUGAAGAAUCUAGACAUUUAAAAGACAACCCUAAAUCUCUCUCUCUCUCACAGCGGCUAUGUUAAUGGCAAGAGCAAAUUAACUAAAGGAGGACUCUUUAGAUUCCAGUCAUUCAAGAUUCUAGAUUAAAGUUUAAUAUUUUUAAACCAUGGGAACCCCAGAGACCUCCAGGGAACCUUGCCCUGACCGAAUUCUUGAUGAUAUUGGUGGUGCAUUUGGCAUGGGUGCUGUUGGGGGUGCAGCUUUCCAUUAUCUGAAAGGCACGUAUAAUUCUCCGAAAGGUGAACGUGUAGUAGGUGGUUAUCAAGCUAUGAGAAUGAAUGCACCUCGUGUGGGUGGUAGUUUUGCUGUUUGGGGUGGCCUAUUUUCCACGUUUGAUUGCACGAUGGUGUAUGUUCGUCAGAAAGAAGAUCCAUGGAAUUCAAUAAUUGCUGGUGCUGCUACUGGAGGCUUCCUUCAGAUGCGACAGGGACUCGGUGCUGCUUCACGUUCUGCUCUUUUUGGUGGUGUAUUACUUGGUUUGAUUGAAGGAGCUGGGAUAAUGCUCAAUAAAAUCUUGAGUGCACAGCAGAAUUUUCCACCAAUGGAAGAGCCACAACCUAAUAUGAUGCCUGGAUUGCCGUCCAUGGGACAAUAUCCUGGUCAAGCUCCGGCUGUAAUUGGUGGAUUGUCAUCUCCGUCGUUAUCAUCACAAUUGCCAUCUCCAACAUCAGAAUCGUCGUCUUCGUCAUGGUUUGGUGGACUUUUUGGCGGUGAGAAAAAGCAAGAGACUAAUGUUGGGAGUGGAAGUAAGACACAGGUUUUGGAAAGCUUUGAUUCACCUAGUCCACCAACGUUUGAGUACAAAUGAAGCGCAAGAUGAAAUUUCAUGGUGGUUAUGAUGAUCGGUUCAACAAAGAACCAGAAUACAACAAGUUGCUGAUCACACUCAGGUCUCAUCAAUAAUAACAAGUAAGUCAAGUUCCAACUAGUUAAGCUUGAAGAGACUUUUAUUUCAAAUCCUAUCUUUAUUUAUAGUUUCUUAUUACUGGAUUAAGAUACUCUUAGUUUUGAAUCAAAUUUUUAAGUACAAUUAUGACUCUGCUAGUGUUUUGUGCAUAUAUUAUUUGAUUGAAGCUUCUGAA